AUGCCUGGUGAAAGGGGCAUCAAUGAUUGGCAUCCAGGCACUGUUGAUGCUUAUCAUCUCACCAUCCAUGCAAAUAUCACCAAGACAGAUGCCCGACUAGGCCCUCCAAAGCAAUACUGCGACCAGCCUUGCCUUUUGCAUACCACUCGGACCAACAUUCACAACACUGAGCAUUCACUGAUGACAACAUUCUUAUCACGAGUCGUCACAUAA